AUCAUCAUCAUCAUCAUCAUCAUCAUCAUCAUCAUCAUCAUCAUCAUCAUCAUCAUCACCAUCAUCAUCAUCACACAUAGAAAACUGCGAGCCGCUCCGGCGGUGCAAAGCAGCGCCUCGCUGCCCUGCCACGCCGCUGCAUGGACAGCCAACACAAUGGCAGAAGAUUUGAGGGUGCAUCUGUUUAUAGCAACAACAGAUAGCAUGGAUAAUCCCGCCUCAACCGAUUCAGCUCUCGUCGUUACGAUGAUUAGAGCGCCGCUGUCGGCUCGCCGGGCAUGAUAGGCAGGAGAGAGAGCAGUGCGGGAGCGGGGCUUCUCGUUUUGACAGUACUUUUUGAGAGGGAAACGCAAAGAAGCGUGGAACAGGUGGACUGUGCCUUGGGGUCCUUCAAAAUGGAUAUAGAUCCCUGUUUGCGGUACUAUUUCCAGCACCCCUGGUCUCGUCUGUUUGUGGCCUACCUCGUCACUUUCUGCAACUUCCUUAUCUUUGCUGAGGACCCUGUCUCCCACAGCCAGACAGAGGCUCACAUGAUCGUGGUGGGAAACUGCUUCUCCUUCAUAGUGAACAAGUACCCUGGUGGAGGAUGGAGCGUCCUCAAAGUCAUCUCGUGGCUGAUGGCCAUUGUCACCGGAAUGUUUGCCGGGAAGUUCAUAUUCCACCGCAGGCUCUUUGGUCGAUAUCUGCGUCUGAAAAUGUUCCGUGAGGAUCACGGCUCCUGGAUGACCAUGUUCUUCAGCACCAUCCUCUUCCUCUUCAUCUUCUCACACAUCUACAAUGUGAUGCUUCUAAUGGCAGGAAGGAUGGGGCCUCACAUGGUGACAGAGUACAUGGGUAUCAGGAACGAGAGCUUCAUGAAGAUUGCAGCAGUAGGGACGUGGAUGGGGGACUUUGUGACUGCAUGGAUGGGUCUACAGACGAUCACGGACUACAAAAGGAAAACCAGCCUUGUCGCGGACACCUACGUCUUGCUUCCGGACAAGCUAAACACCUCCUUUGCACGAUUUGAGGAUAACACAGUGCCACCGACGCGGUCCACUACCAAGAACUGUGGGAUCUCCUCCUCCAUGGCCGACGUCACUGACAUGAUGCUCCAGGACCAGCACUACCCAGACUGGGGCAAAGCUGCCAGAAGGUUCUGGAAACAAGGCAACCACAGGAUCGUCCUCUUCUGGACGGUCCUGAUCACUCUGACAUCGGUGGUUUUGUUGGUCAUCAGCACUGACUGGAUCAGCUGGGACAACCUGAACCGGGGAUUUCUGCCCAGCGACGAGGUCUCCAGGGCCUUCCUGGUAUCCUUCAUCCUGGUCUUUGACCUGCUCAUUGUCAUGCAGGAUUGGGAUUUUCCUCAGUUCAUGGGCGACCUGGAUAUGAACCUGCCUGGCAUGUCCACCACUCAGCUCAAGUUCAAACUUCCUGUCUGCAAGAGCAUCUUCAAAGAGGAAUAUCACAUCCAUAUCACAGGUAAGUGGUUCAACUACGGCAUCAUCUUCCUGGUGUUGAUCCUGGACCUGAACAUGUGGAAGAACCAGAUCUUUUACAAGCCCUACGAGUACGGCCAGUAUGUUGGUCCAGGGGAGAAGAUCUUCACUGUGGAGGAGCCCAACACACUGGGCGACUUCAACCGCAGCACGCUCACCUACAAGUGGCGCUCCAGCCACGUGAACCCGCUGACCAACCGCUCGUAUGUCCAUCGGGACAUGUUCCUGCAUAGCCGCUACGUGGGUGCCAGCCUGGAAGUCAAGUGCCUGGCCUUCAUCCCCAGCCUGGCUGCCUUUGUCCUCUUCGGCUUCUUCAUCUGGUUACUGGGACGUUUUCAGGACAGCGAGACCUUCCCGGAGGGCCAGGUGGACAAGACGUAUGAGAGGAUCAAGAGGAAGUCUCCGUCUGAGUACAGUAAGGAUAUGGGACUCACGCCAGAGGAGGUGCACAUCUCUAUGAGCGAGGCGCUCAAACGUUCCGGAACCCCCAUGCUGCUAUCGGUGGACGGGCAUAAUUUUGCUCUGCACUCUGCCACCUCCACCAACUCUACUUCGCCUGUUUCCAUGGAGACCCAAGAGACGCAUCCCAGCAUUGUCAUCGAAGGCAUGGAGCCAAGAGAGCCAGCGGUUUCCUUUGAUGUCGGCAAACUGUCACCGCCCUGACCUUACUGCCCUGAGGGGAAGUACUGCUAUGCUUCUACUGACAGACACAUAGCCUGGAGGGAGGAGAGGAGACACAGGAGAGAGACCAAACUGAAACUCAAUUUCAGUCUAGAUCUUUUUCAGUCUGGGUAGAUUUUGAACCCAACACUGAUUAUUCCUGGAGCAGGAGGAUGUAGCUACAAUGGCCACUUUGUUUUGCUACUGUGAUAUCCUUGAUGGCAUUUUAUUAUUAGUAUUUAUUUGAAUUGUAAAACCUCUAAGCUGACACCAACACAAUGACAAACAGCUUAUUUUAACCUCCCUCACUGUAAAGUUAUAUUGUCAACAUGGUGCUCUCGCUAGAUUUGAUGUUUUUACAAUAUCAAGAUGGUUUCUCUUUUAUCGUGACAUAUUUUGGUGCCUAUGUGGGGAACUAUUUCUACAAUCGAUGUAUGACACAAUGGUCAUGGCUAGUUUAUAUUGUACAACUUGAGUAUUACAGUUGAAGAGGUGCCUUGAUAAACCCACGCCCAAUAAAGGACAGCAACAUAGUCUAUACCAUAGGCAGCAAAACAGAACAUGUCUGAUAAUGUGUCUGUCUUGUUUAUUUCAAUGUUCCACUUCACAAUGUUGGACAAUGUUUAACCUUUCAGACUUUAUCACAGGUUUUUGAAUUAAUUUGCUAUCUUGAUAAUUCUUACAUAUCCCAUUUUCACGUGCCUCUUCUCUUGUAGUCAUAGAAAUGACUAGAUUGCUAAACAUCGUUAUGAUGAUGAUAAUACUAUGACCACCUCUUCAUUUUCUGGUUGUAUUAUCAAAUGCAAGAUAAAAGGCAUAAGCUAUUUUCAAAUAACAUUAAAAAGUCACCUCAUGAUCGCUUAUCUGGUCAAAAUACUCAGAUGUAAUGCCAAUUAGGUCAGAAAGGUAAUUUGCCCUUGGUGGGGUAAAUGUGCUUUUGUUAUAGAAGGAGAGAGAAGAACACCAAAUCUAACUGAUGCACCUUACCCAUAUCAUAUCCCCCAGCAGUAUAUGUACCACAAGUAAGACCUUGGUUCGUAGCCAGUAUUGGGGUACGGAUUGGUUUGAGAGAACACAUAGAGAAUUACAGCUGACAAGAAAAAGAGAGUGGGAGUUUUUAAUAUUUAUGAGAGUUAUGAGCGUUAUUAUAUCACAUACGUUAAGUGUGCAACUACUGUAUACCAAUGCUCUGUUAUUUAAGUGUUUUCUAACAAAGUGUUGUGCGUCUGAGUUUGUGCGCGUGUGUAUGUGUCAGAGACAGCGAGAGCUGACAAUUCUGUGAAGAGGUCAAUGUAGUUCAUGUAAGUGGCGUAUGGUCCUUGGUUCAGUGAUCCCCCUUCUACACUUUACAGGUCAGAGUCCUCAUUACAGCUCAACUUAUUUCAUUUUUGAGAUACGGCUUCGCAACAAGGCAACAAAUUGCUAAAUGUAUGGGGCAAUGGCUAAAUGAGUGUGUUUAUCUCACUAGAAGUGAUCGAGUGAUAUGUUUGUAAAAUAUUGUACUUUGGUUGGAACUGAAUGUUCCCCUGCUGUUAUACAUGGUAUUGUGUUGCAUAACUGACAGCUAUUUUGCAUUCUUGUGUGUGUGGUUUUUAAACAAAGGAUAUCUCUUUUUAACAUGUUGACGCAAUAAAUGUCUACCGAGUAAUGGUAUCAAUAAAAUGAAUACAUUUUGCUACAUA